CAGACCUCGAGUAGAUCUAUCUUUUGAGUUUGAGGUUGGCGUAGUUGAUCCGGGCGGUUCAUGCUCUGUUUAGCAAAUCAAUCCGUUUACUUGGAUUGGAUAUUAUUGGCAACGUGCGUGGGUGGGAACGGAAAGAGGGCUUGACGAAAACCCACAUUUUCUAGGAAACUUCUUGGACGGUUUGGUUUGAGGAUAAAUGACAUCGGCUGUCAAAGUAGGUGACAGCCCGAUUUUAUUGAAUUGAACAGUUUCAAAGAUCCAUCCGAAGAUCAUCUUUCUCGUGCAAAUUAACUUCCAGUAAUCUCCUAGAAAGGUCUCGCUUUCUGGGCGUGUUCAUCUUAGAUUGCUCAACUCUUGAUUUUUGCCUCAUGUUCUUUCGGAGUAAUCUGCUAUUGGCAUGAGACAUUUUGAUCUGUGUCUUAGAUAUGGGUUCCUUGCCUGGAAUCCUUCAACGACCAUUCGUCGCUGUAACUGCUGUGGCUGUGGCAUCUUUUUCCUCUGACUUUUCAGACAAGUUACCGUCUCAGAGACCCCCAGAGGCUUCUUUUUCUUCUCCUUCUUCUUCCUCAGAAUCAAUUUUGGAUUUCUUGAAGGAAUCAAAGACGUCAUUUGUUUCCCAUACUUCUGUUUCAAAACUUGCAAACUUAUCAUUUGUUACUAAAAUUCAUGCACCUAUCCCUAAAUGUAGCUUUCCGAUUCCAAAUUCCAGUUGCAACUAUGUUGGAAACUUCCGCACGUCUUUGGUUUCCUCCUCCGUUCUCUCUAAUUUAUAUCAGUCAGCUGCAUUGACCAAGGCAUCAAAGCAGGCUGCACCUUCACGUAAUCUUUCUUUCCCACCUUCUGAGGUUAUGUACAGAUGGCAUUUACCGGAGCCAACGUCGGUAGAUAUUACGGGUAGUUCUGCUUGUUCAGUGGCAAAAUCUAGGACGGUGGUGGUUUUAUUAGGAUGGUUGGGAGCCAAGCAGAAACAUUUAAAUAGAUACGCCGAAUGGUAUACUUCCAGGGGUUUUCAUGCCAUUACCUUUACUUUUCCAAUGGCUGAGAUACUUGCGUAUCAGCUUGGUGGGAAAGUUGAACAGCACAUUGACUUGCUUGUGAACCAUCUAGCUGAUUGGUUGGAAGAGGAGCACGGGAAGAACCUGGUGUUUCACACUUUUAGCAAUACUGGAUGGUUAACGUAUGGAGCUAUUCUGGAGAAGUUUCAGAAUCAUGAUUCUUCUUUAUUGGGAAGGAUUAAGGGCUGCAUUGUCGAUUCUGCUCCUGUUGCAGCUCCUGAUCCUCAGGUCUGGGCUUCAGGCUUCUCUGCAGCCUUUUUGAAAAAGAACAGUGUGGCAACAAAAGGAUUGACAACCUUGGACAACACAGGGAUGGAAUUAUCAAUCAGCAAUAAAGAAAAUAUAGAACCUAAACCAGCAGUUACCGAAGCAGCACUUCUAUUAGUUUUGGAAAAGAUCUUCGGCUUCGUUUUGAAACUACCUACAGUGAACAGGAGGCUCUCUGAUGUGUUGAACACAUUAUCGUUGUCACAACCAAGCUGCCCUCAAUUGUAUAUCUACAGCUCAGCAGAUCGAGUUAUCCCAGCAGAUUCCGUGGAAUCAUUUAUAGAGGAGCAACGACGCGCAGGACAUGAGGUUAGAGCUUGUAAUUUUGUGUCCACCCCUCAUGUAGAUCAUUUUAGGAAUGACCCAAAAUUGUAUACUUCUCAGCUUAGUCAGUUCCUGGCCGAUUGCUUGCUUACCUCUUGUUGUAGAGAGUCCUGUUAG